AUGGAAGAACAACAAGGGCGACAACCGGUCAGAAACGUUCCAGAUUUGCAAAUGCAAGCCCUUUUGCAUGAGAUGGAACGAUUACUUGAUCGAAGGCUUAAUCCUCUUGAAGAUCGACUUUACCAAGUCGAGGCCCAAAGACAACGCGAUGAAUAUCCUAAAGUUGCUAGGCAAAGACGUGAAGGGCCCGAUCAACGACGAAGACAACCAAGGGUUCAAGAUGAUGUUGUUAAUGAAAAUAGUGAAGAUGAAAGCGAUCACGGGUUUAACAUAAGCCUAGAAAGGAGACGUCCCCGAAACCAUGGACAAGUAGAUCGAAGGCGGGAAGAUGAUGACUUGAAGAAUAUCAAACUCUCCAUUCCUCCUUUCCAAGCGCAACAUUACAUUGAGGUUGUGGACAUGGUCCACAUGGCUAUCAAAGUGGAGAAGCAGUUGAAGCGAAAAGGUACCACCCGAGCCUAUCCUAACACUAAUCCUUCUAAAUGGGGCCAAAGCACAAGCAAGGGUUUUCCAACAAAUCGAACGAAGGAUUCUUCAACAAUAUCUAAGGCGAAUAAGCCUAUUGCCGAGUCAAGUAAAGGUAAGGCUCCUGAAAGUUCCACCGCCCGUUCAAGGGACAUAAAGUGCUUCAAGUGUCUUGGUCGUGGACAUAUAGCAAGUCAGUGCCCGAAUAGACAUACCAUGGUGAUAAGGGUCGACGGUGAGAUUGAAACGGAAGACGAGGAAGAGAACGAUGCUGAAUCGAAUUCUGAAGUUGAGGAGGACUUAGAACAACCCGUUGAAGGUGAGUUACUCGUCAUCAAGCGAAACCUAAGUCUUCAAAGUGUGGAAGACAAACAACAACGUGAGAACAUUUUUCAUUCGAGAUGUCAAGUGCAAGGGAAAGUGUGUAGCAUCAUAAUCGAUGGAGGGAGUUGCACAAACAUGGCAAGCACCCUCAUGGUGGAAAAGUUGGGGCUGUCAACCACCAAGCACCCGAAUCCAUACAAGCUCCAGUGGCUUAACGAUGGUGGUGAACUCAAAGUGACAAAACAAGUCCUAGUGUCCUUUAGCAUCGGGAAGUAUUCUGAUGAAGUAUUAUGUGAUGUAGUGCCGAUGCACGCGGGCCAUUUGCUUCUAGGACGACCAUGGCAGUUCGACCGACGGGUGAUGCAUGAUGGUUACACUAAUAGAUACUCCUUCAAACAUCUUGGAAAGAACGUGACACUUGCACCCCUCACUCCGAAGCAAGAGGCAUUGUUGAAUACUAACGAGUUACCUGAAAACUUGCCUGCUUCUGUAUUGUCUUUGAUUCAGGAAUUUGAAGACAUAUUUCCGGACGAAAUACCAAGUGGGCUACCCCCUAUCCGAGGCAAUGAACAUCAAAUAGACUUAGUACCUGGAGCUGCACUACCCAACCGUCCUGCUUAUCGGAGUAAUCCCGAAGAAACGAAGGAAUUGCAAAAGCAAAUUACUGAACUCCUAGACAAAGGAUACAUCCGAGAGAGCUUAAGUCCCUGUGCGGUGCCGGUGCUGCUUGUACCCAAGAAAGAUGGGUCGUGGCGGAUGUGCGUGGACUGUCGCGCCAUCAACAAAAUCACUAUCAAGUAUCGACACCCGAUACCCCGUCUUGACGACAUGCUUGACGAAUUAAGUGGAGCCCAAAUUUUCACGAAAAUCGAUCUUAAAAGUGGCUAUCAUCAAAUACGAAUGCGAGAAGACGAUGAAUGGAAGACGGCUUUCAAAAUGAAAUUGGGUUUGUACGAAUGGUUGGUAAUGCCAUUCGGCCUUACAAAUGCUCCCAGCACUUUUAUGAGAUUGAUGAACCAUGUAUUACGUGCGUUUAUUGGUAAAUUUUGUGUUGUAUACUUUGACGAUAUCUUGGUCUACAGCAAAACUUUAGAGGAGCACGUACCACAUUUACGAGCGGUGUUGGAAACUUUACGAAAAGAGGUAUUGUAUGCUAACCUCAAAAAGUGUUCAUUUUGCACUGAUAAAGUUGUGUUUUUAGGUUAUGUCGUGAGUGCCAGCGGUUUGGAGGUGGAUCAAGAAAAGUUCAAGCGAUUUAAGAAUGGCGCGUCCGAGCGAACAUUAGCCAAGUUCAAGCUUCCAUGGAUUGGCUAG